UGAAAAUAAACGUAGAGCGGAAGAUCAAGAGAAAGCGUACGUGGCAGCUGAAGGAAGUGGCUAAUAUUUCAAAGAGUUGAGUUUUCAUGCAAUAUUUCAAAGAGAGGUGAGGAUCAUAGAUCACCAGCUAUGGAGAAAGUUAUUAGUUCUCAUGCAUGCAAUUAAUGACUUUUUCCUUUUAGUACUGCUCAGAAAAGGAAUCCGUUUAGUUACUAAAGCCUGAAGUAUCUAUUGAUCAGAACGUACACUGCACCUUGUAGUCUCUAUUCAGAAUACUGCCCGGCCUCGUGGCCAACUUGAAUUCUCUCUAUGUUAGCUUGUUUUAUAAGAGGCAGCCACAAAGAAAGAUUGGUUAUUUCUGAAGCACAGAUCAGACCCAAAAAAGGCCAGCGAUGGCUUUGCAUGCGGCCACAGCAGAAAAGGAAAAAAGCCCAUACUAGUGUGCGUGUAAUCCGUAUUGUGUUGAGUGCCUCCCAAAAGCCCGCACGCAUGUUGAACGAAAAAGGCCAACUUGAAGUCUCUCUUUGUUAGCUUGUUUUAUAAGAGGGAGUUGCAAAGAAAGACAAGUUUUUUCGGAAGCACAGAUCAGACAAGAAAAAGGUCAGCCAUGGCUUUGCAUGGAAAGCUUUUGGAACAACUAGUAGUGCUGCUACAUCUGAUUAUUGGAGUCCAGCUAGUUUUAUCAUCAGCACCUCAACCCAAUGAUCCGAGCUGCAUCCGCAAAUGCGGAUCUGUUGAUAUCCCCUACCCAUUUGGUACAAGGAAGGGCUGCUACCUUGAUCAAUCUUUUCUCAUCAUAUGUAACGACUCUUUCCAGCCCGCAAAACCAUUUCUGGGCGUUGAUCAUAAUAUAGAUGUCCUCAACAUCUCUCUUGAUGGUGAACUUCGAGUCUCAAACUUGGUAUUCCGUCGUUGCCAAUGGUGGCCAGAGUUUGAUAAUCAACCUAGUCUCCGCCGCAUCUCUGCCUUGCUCAACUUGUCGAACUUUAGCAUCUCAAUUGAGAAGAACAGUAUCUUUGCCGUCGGUUGUAACUUUUACGCCUACAUAAGUGGCUCGCAUGAACAAGAUUACAAGUUCAUGUCUGGGUGCAUAUCAUUCUGUGGCAACAGUUCCGGUUUGGUUAACGGCUCUUGCUCUGGCCUUGGCUGUUGCCAUUCUGCAAUCCCAGGAAACCCAACGAAUUAUAAUUUGAACGUUCAGAGCAUUUACACUAAUGGAUCCGGCAGAACUUCGGGGCAAUCAUGUGGUUUAGGUUUUAUAGGGGAAACACAGGCAUACAACUUUUCCACCUUAGAUUUUACAAAUUUAACGAAAAGGAAGACUGUACCCCUGGUGCUUGAUUGGGCACUUGGAAAUAAGAAAUGCAAAGAUGCUGAGAAAAAUAUGACAAGCUAUUUAUGCAAAGCAGCAAAUAGUAGUUGUUCGGCCCAUGAUCGUGGGUAUAUUUGCAAGUGCCCUGACGGCUAUAAAGGGAACCCAUACCUUUCUGAUGAACAAAAGGAUAGUUGCCAAGAUAUUGAUGAGUGCAAAGAUCUUGAUCGGAAUCCCUGCAAUGCUACUGCAACAUGUACCAACACUAACGGGAGCUACACAUGUAUAUGUCGCAAUGGAUAUGAAGGCGAUGGGAAGAUGCCGCCAGGAACAGGUUGUAGUCGAAAAGGCCAAUCCAAGAUCAUGAUUAUUGCCCUGGGUAUUAGCAUAAGCCUCUUGAUCCUGCUUGUGGGAACUUUAUUGGUAUAUUGGGUAAUGCAAAGAAGAAAGCUCACAAAACUGAAAGAGAACUUCUUCCAACAAAAUGGUGGCUUAAUCUUACAACGACAACUCUUGAAUCACAAAGAAUUAGUUGAGCCAGCCAAAAUCUUUAGUGCAAAAGAGCUUGAAAAGGCAACUAACAACUAUGAUAAAAGUAGAGUCCUUGGUCAAGGGGGCUUCGGAACUGUUUAUAAAGGAGUUUUAUCUGAUGACAAAGUGGUGGCCAUUAAGAAGUCCAAUGUUGUUGAUCAGAGCCAGAUUGAGCAAUUUAUAAAUGAGGUAGUUGUGCUUACUAAAAUUAACCAUAAGAAUGUGGUUAAGUUAUUAGGUUGUUGUCUUGAGACUGAAGUACCCUUACUAGUAUACGAGUUCAUCACGAACGGAACACUUUUUGACCAUAUUCAUGAUAAAAACCUAUCAUCCUCGCUCUCAUGGGAAAAACGUUUGAAGGUGGCAUCGGAAACCGCAGGAGCCUUAGCAUACAUACAUUUUGAGACUUCUAUGUCUAUUAUACAUAGAGAUGUGAAAACUACAAAUAUACUUUUGGAUGAUAACCACACAGCAAAAGUGUCUGACUUUGGAGCUUCAAGACUGGUUCCUCUUGACCACACACGAUUAACAACCGUGGUGCAGGGAACUUUGGGAUACUUGGACCCAGAAUACUUCCAUACUAGCCAACUAACUGAAAAAAGUGACGUCUAUAGUUUUGGUGUUGUUAUUGCAGAGCUACUAACAGGUGAAAAGGCACUUUCCAUGGAUAGGCCCGAAACUGAAAGAAAUCUAGCAAUGCAUUUUGUUAUUGCAAUGAAAGAGGAUCGCCUACUUCAAAUUAUUGAUGAUCGCAUUCUUACAGAAGGUAAUAUUGAAGAAAUAAAGGAAGUUGCAAAUAUAGCCAAAAAGUGCUUAAAGGUAAGAGGGGAGGAUAGACCUAGCAUGCAACAAGUAACAAAGGAGCUGGAGGGAUUAAGACUUCUGGAAAAACACUCGUUGAAAAGGGUUGAUCCCAACACACAACAAAUCACUAAGCCUUUGCCCAAUGCACCUACACAUUCUUCAGGAAUUGAUGUUGACAUUGGCAGCUCUUCUAUGAGUACCAUUGUUGCAGAUGACAGUAUGAAAAAUCAAAUACUAAAACCAACAAAUAAUGAUGCUAGAUAAUUUGUUCAUCCACAUUGAAGGCUAGCUAGCAUAGCCUAUCUGUUGUAGACAUUCAUCAUCACCACCCAUUGCUAGCCAUCCACGUACACCCAUUUUCUCCAAUUUUUUACUUGCCCCUUACCACCUACAAGUGCUUUCUUACUCUCUCUUUCUGCCUCUCAACCACCUUCUUCCUCCAAUUCGAUCUCUUCCCACCCCUUAGAUCUCUCUCUCUCUCUCUCUCUCUCUCUCUCUCUCUCUCUCUCUCUCUCUCUCUCUCUCUCUCUCUCUCUCUCUCUCUC